AAGUAAGCGUGCUUCAGGGUGUAUGAGUUACUUCUCUAGAGAGCUGCUUAUUCAAUGGCUGUCGUGUUCUGUUUAUUCGCCCUUCUUCUAAAACAUGUCACACUGCCUUCCGGAAAAGGUGAUGGGCCUGGAAGAGAAACUGGAUUAUUCCUAUCUAGCAAUUUGUUUCCGUAAGGGUGAAGUGGAGGUGCCUGAAGUAAGCUGUGCAGGCAGAGAGGAAGCUAAACUUCUGUUAAGUUGGUGCAAGAAUGUUGCAUUUCUUGGGCUUAAAAUGAACAAAUAAACUACAGGGCUUAACAUUGGAAUAUCCUUUAAAGAAAUAACAACUUGCAGAUACCAAGGAAAGGUUAAAGGGAAGUGUAGGCUGCUUUCUGCUGAAGUCACCAUACUUAAACGAUCUUCUUAUUGCAGUCAGGCAGUUUGCAACUUGCAGGGUUGCAACACCUACGCUUGUUUCAUGUUUAAAGCCAGUAGUAAUGUGAAGGCCCUUGCUUUCUGUAAAGAGGAUUUCUGGUAAUAUAAGCAGUAACCUUUUCUAUCACUUGUUGGCACUAAGGCAGUGAAUCUUCUGGUCGAGAAGAACAGAUGAGUCCCUCUUGGCUGGUAGUGUGAAGUCAUGGCUAUCCUGUUUGCUGUUGUGGCGAGGGGCACAACCAUCCUUGCCAAACAUGCCUGGUGUGGAGGGAACUUCCUGGAGGUGACAGAGCAGAUCCUGGCAAAAAUACCGUCUGAAAACAACAAACUGACCUAUUCACAUGGAAAUUAUCUGUUCCAUUACAUCUGCCAAGACAGGAUUAUAUACCUCUGCAUCACAGAUGAUGACUUUGAAAGAUCCAGAGCCUUCAACUUCCUGAAUGAAAUCAAGAAGAGGUUUCAGACCACAUAUGGCUCAAGAGCACAGACAGCCCUUCCCUAUGCAAUGAACAGCGAGUUCUCAAGUGUCUUAGCUGCACAGCUGAAGUACCACUCGGAGAGCAAGGGCACUGACCAGGUGGCAGAGACGCAAGCUCAAAUCGAUGAACUUAAAGGAAUCAUGGUUCGAAACAUAGACCUUGUGGCACAAAGAGGAGAGAAGCUGGAGUUGCUGAUUGAUAAAACAGAGAAUCUUGUGGAUUCGUCAGUCACUUUCAAAACUACCAGCAGGAACCUUGCUAGAGCCAUGUGUAUGAAGAACCUCAAGCUUACUAUCGUCAUCAUCAUUGUAUCAAUUGUUAUCAUCUAUAUCAUUCUAUCGGCUGCCUGUGGUGGGCUUGCAUGGCCAAGCUGUGUGCAGAAGUAACUGGAGGCAGCUGGUGCUGGUCACCUGGAGAUGAGAAUCACAGGAGUGUGAAGAAGCAACCUACAGAAUAACUCUUACUCUUUCACUACUGACACCUUCUCAUUCUUCCAUCCCUCCAGGACCUCAGACUUUUUUGCCUUAUCACCCCAAACAGGCCCAGCUGGUCACUGCUUCUAUGCAGCUGUAACCUCAAGAAUGGGCUGUUUUAAAUUACUUGAAGGGAUUUUUUUUGUUUGUUUGUUUCUUUUUCUGUCCCAACUACAACCUUCUCAGCUGGGUGGGUGGUAUGUCCAGCUCUGGAGGAUUAUGUGCAUGCUCGCCCGUGUGUCCAUGUAGCUUUGCACUUUCAUGUGAGCGUGCAAGUGGAGAACAAUACUGCUAGCAACUGUCCUACCCAUGGGGGGGAUGGUGUUGGAGGGCAGUUCGGAGUGGACUGAGCCUAACUAAUGGGGGAGGGACAAGAUGUGUGCACGUGUGCAUUUCCACUUUCUACAAAUAUUGGAGAUCCAGGUGCCUCUCCCUGCGUAUAUGGCCUUGCGUGGUUCUGUAGCGUUUCAAUGUGUAGAGGUUGCCAGUGGAAUAUUGGUAGUAACAGAAAGGGCUUUUGGGCCAGGGCUUUAUGCACUGCAAGAUGUAGGUGCUGCCUGUGUAUGAAACCUCCCUUUUCCUGGAGGUCUUUCUACAGGUGGUAGGAGAGGGUGUUGGGUCACCUCAGCAUUUUGAAAUGGCUGCCUCUUCAUCCUCACUUCUUCCUCAUCUCCCCCCCUUAAUUUGUGGCUAAAUCGAUACAGUAAAGGAGAUGGUUGCAUAUAGUUACGGUUGCAGUAAUGUAUUUGCUUUCUCAUGUUAUUUCUCCUGUUCUUCUUUUGAGGGUGGACUAAAAAUGAAUACUAAUGCUAUCACUUGCUAAGGUGAAAUUGGGGGCCAAUCUAUUGAUCUGGCUUGACAAGGUGUCAGGUAUCUGCUGCUUGUGCUUCUACUCUGAAGGUGUGCGCUAAAAACUGAGGACAGAGAAGGGACAGAAGGUUGGAGUUGAUGGAUGGUUACUUUCUCUAUGGUCUGAAAAAGACAGGCUCUUUCAGAGGAUGUAGUAACAUGUGCUCCUCUGAAAAGAAAAGAAGAAAACCAAAACCAAACCCAAGGCUAAUAACCAAAUGUAGGAUCAGGUAUGCUGAUGAUGUGCUGAUCUCGGAGGAGAUAGGGACAGCUUUGCCUGCUCUUGGAAGCUGUGAGCACUGACUGUGUUUCUGUCCCAGCUGGGUGUCUGAAUUGUCGGGCCAGUCCUGGCUGUUGUU